CUCAUGGGCGGAACUCGCUUCAAACCACGCGAGAAUUGUGUUCCUGAGUGUGUAGUUGUAAAACAAACAUGUCGGCUCCCAAGCGGAAACGUGGAGGACAGCAUGCCGGUGGAAAAAAGGCAAAACAAGUGAAAAUAAUCGCAGAUGGGGGUGACCCAUUAAGGGAAAACACAGAAGAAAUGAAGAAUGUAAUCACAAUUCCAGCACCGGUUUCUAUGGGCAAGUGGACCAACAAGGAAAGGGUACUUAUUUUCUCUUCCAGAGGCACCGACUUUAGAACAAGACAUUUGAUGCAAGACCUAAGGAGCAUGAUGCCACAUUCAAAAGCCGAUACAAAAAUGGACAGAAAGGACAAGCUGUUUGUGAUUAAUGAAGUGUGCGAGAUAAAAAACUGCAACAAGAGCCUGUUUUUUGAAGCCAAAAAGAAACAGGACCUCUAUAUGUGGAUUUCAAACUGUCCUCGUGGACCCUCUGCAAAAUUCCUAGUUCAGAACAUACACACACUGGCUGAGCUCAAGAUGACAGGAAACUGCCUGAAAGGAUCCAGGCCGCUGCUGUCAUUUGAUCCGAAAUUUGAUAAGGAGCCCCACUAUGCUUUGCUGAAGGAGCUUUUCAUUCAGACCUUUUCCACACCACGCUAUCACCCAAAAAGUCAGCCAUUUGUGGACCACGUCUUCACCUUCACCAUUGCCGACAACAGGAUUUGGUUCAGAAACUACCAGAUUAUCGAGGAGGACGCCUCGCUUGUGGAAAUUGGACCUCGCUUUGUCCUCAACCUCAUCAAGAUCUUUCAGGGGAGCUUCGGCGGGCCCACGCUUUUUGAGAAUGCAGACUUCAAGUCUCCCAAUAUGCAUCGGCGAGAGAGCCGCCUGGCAGCAGCGGCCAGGGUGCGCGAGAGGCAGAUGGUGAAGGAGAUGCACAAAAUGAGCAAGACCCAAGCAAAGCCGGACCUCAUUACAGACGUCACCGAGAACGUCUUCGACACACCGGCCGAGGACAAACCCCUUCACAUUGAAACGGAGCCACCGGAGCCCGAAGAGGUGAAGAAGAAGAACAACAAAUUGUUCAAAAGGAAGCGGAUGCAGAAGUCGUGCAGGUGAAAGAAAAGACUGCCAGAAAGGAGAUGAAUACGUUUAUCGAAAUAAUGUGAUGAUUUACACAACACAUUAAAGUUACUACACGUCCAAAUGGUAACUUUUUAUUUUUUCUCAAUACAAUGUUCCAGCAGUGUACAAAACAGUUUCAUUUGGAUUAUUAAUAUCAAUGUAUCAAUGCCAUUAAGUUUCACUUCCUGUACUAGUAUAUGUUUAGUAUAGUAUCAUGAACAGCACAAAAUCAAACAACUCAAGUAUGCCUAGUGGGGUACAUUUUGGUCAUCUACAGCCAUGGCUUUCUAAUUUCAGUUGUCUGUAUGCCAUAAUAAAGUGAUCAGAGUUUUA